CGAUACAUUAUCAGUUAUUUUCAGCACCAGCUUUCCUUCGGAUGACUUCCAUUUCACGCAAUAACGAGUCUGCAAGCGAUCAAUGAUUUAUGAGAUGAUCCCGGGAGGGAAGUAACAAACCUUGAAGGGAGAUUUCUUGUACAAGGCCUCUGCCGCAUCCUGGUACUCUUGCCAGGAAUUUAUAUAUACCAUAGCAGCAUUGAGCCAGUGACCGAAAGUGACCGAGCUCGUCGUCAGUUUUCAAGUCUAAAACGUUGCUUACCGGUCAACACGUGGACCUGUAUCGGGAUCCUGAUCCGAAUGGAGGCGAUCUGCUUUUCCCUACAUCGCUAUUCCCUCUACCCUCUUCCUCUACCUCGUUCUUCCUCCCAGCAAGGCUUCGGUAAAAUUUUCUCGAUUCUCGAUGUCCGAACAGCCCAAGAAGCCUCUUCCUUUCGUCGCAAACUUUGCUGCUGGUGCCAUCGCUGGUGUUUCCGAAAUCUUGACCUUUUAUCCCCUCGAUGUCGUCAAAACGCGUAUGCAACUUUCAACCGAAAAGUCGCAAGGCUUUGUAGGUCUAGUUCCCCCCCUUCUGCUAGAAGCUCCUAAGCGUGCCGUCAAAUUUGCUGCCAAUGACUUUUGGGGAAAAACCUAUCUUGACCUUUCUGGAGAAAAAAAGAUGACACAACAAUUGUCCAUAUUGACUGGAUGUAGCGCGGGCGCCACAGAAAGUUUCGUCGUAGUUCCGUUCGAGUUGGUCAAGAUUAGGUUGCAGGAUAAGAACAGUACUUAUGCUGGUCCAAUUGAUGUCGUCAAACAAAUCAUCAAAAAGGAGGGCAUUCUCGGAAUGUAUAAUGGCAUGGAGUCGACAUUUUGGAGACACAUAUGGUGGAAUGGUGGUUACUUUGGAUGUAUCUUCCAAGUCCGCGCCAUGCUUCCUGAGGCAAAGACGCAACAAGGAACGCUCUUCAACAAUUUCAUUUCUGGUGCUGUGGGUGGCUUUGUAGGUACAAUGAUAAAUACACCGUUAGUGGUUAAAUCGCGCAUUCAAAGUGCGCCAAGGAUUCCUGGUGUUGCUCCCAAAUACGACUGGACUUAUCCUUCCCUGGCUAUUAUCGCAAGAGAAGAAGGUGUCGGGGCAUUGUACAAAGGUUUUGUUCCCAAGGUUUUGCGACUUGCACCCGGAGGAGGCCCGCCGUACAUAUAGAGACGUUUACAAUAUGCAGAAAUGUUGUACGACAAGGAACUUUUCAGAAAACGGUUUGGGAACACCUUGCAUUUAUAUCUUAUUUAGCUCAUGUUCAAUUAUUCUACUGAAUUGAGUUAUUGUCUGCUAGGAAAUAGAAGCAGGCAUGCUUGGCA